AUGGCGUCGAGUUUGCACCAAUGGGAGUCAGACCCUCUGUUUGCAGCAGCCGAAGUUGUCCAAGAUUCUGCUGACAGGAUGGAAUCCGUUUUCCGCCUUCUGCUGCAUGAGCUCAGUCUUGUUCAAGGUGACUGUCCAGACCUAAAGUUACUUGUGUCGAUAGAUUGUCAUAAACGUGAUCUCGCAACAACACUUGAAACAGCAAAGUGGCAGUUGGAAGAUUUUGAAAGAGCAGUCAGCUUUUCAGCUACGGCAGGCAAGCCCCAACCACAGGAGGAUGUAAUUUCAAGGCACAAUCAGUUUAUCAGAGCCAUUAGAGAACAAAUACUUUAUGUGGACAAGAACUUGGAGGGAACAUCAAUUGGAGAUCCCAUGAGAAAUACAGAGUGUGUCAACUUGAAUGAACAAGAUAGAGAUGGGUUGGCAUUGUUUCUUUCUGGGGGAAAUGACACAGACCACUCUGGUUGUUAUGAUGUGGAGGACAACAGUAUCUUGGAAAGAUUUCUUGAUCCAAUUACAUCUAGUGCUAAAGACAGUACUUCUGGGAUUGUUGAGAACAAAAGCCGAGGAAUUGAGAACUUGAAUAUGAAUGGAGUAGUGCCUUUGGACCGUGCUAUUGACUCGAGGAAGGAGAACAACUUGACGAAAGUUGGUUCUUAUAACAGAUUUGGUGAAGGUACAAGGUUGAGUUCUGAAUUAACAGAUUAUUUUCCAGAGACAUCUGGUGACAGAUAUGGAGGUGAUGGGAGUCGGGAUUUGGAGGCUAAUGAAGCCAAACCUGAAAGCUUCUUUUGUGAGAACAAGUUGAGAAGGUUCUGCAGCAUAACAAACGUUCUAGGGUUCUUGAAUAACAUAAGGACUGUUUAUGGGAAUAGGGUCACUAGGAAUUAUACAAAGAGAUUUAAAGAUGGAGAAGAACAAAGUCAUUCCCCAUCAUGUGCUGCUGAUGUUUCUCAUGCUGCACAGGGGCAGCGUCAGGGAACACGGUUAGCAUUUGGAUAUAGAAAUUUUAGAGAAUUAUGUGUUGGGGUUCGGUCAAAAGUUAUGUACUUACAGUCCUGGCUUGGUGUAUUUAGGGCAAGAUAUCAAAGAUCACCUUAUGACAUCCAAGUUCAGUGGCAUUCUGUUCAAUUGGUAUUGAUAGUGGUGCUUACACUCAUUAUUCUAGGUAUACUGGUGUCCUGGCUUGCUUAG